AUGAUGGCAAACCUCUCUACUGCUGGACUCGGUAGCGCCGAUACGUUUGCUAUGGCUUACAAGUAUGCGCGUGAGUGGGAAAAGGCAGAAAAGGCAGGUGAUACGCGCAAAUUGCAGAAACUCGAUUUUGGCGUCGGCCCCAUGUGCAUUCGGUGCUCCGGUCCUUGCCUCGAUAGAGCAACCAAGGAGUGGAAGCCCCUGAGAUGCGCUGGAUGUCAGGCGGUGAUAUAUUGCAGCCGUGCAUGCCAAGUAGCGGACUGGAAAACUCCGAAAAUGCCACGAGCUCCUACCCACAAGGAACUCUGUGCAAGCAAUAAGGAACACAUGAAGCGCAUACCUUACUUCACCUCAGUUCUCAGGCAGUUUCCCUGGGCCCGUAUAGAGCCUGACGGCACGUGCUCCCAUGAUGUCCUGAAAGCUCGACUUGGUGUGCUGGGUUCUGGAAUUUCGUUUGGGUACUGGUCUGUACCUGGCGGCCUCCAGCCCCACGACGACAGUACUGCGUCGCGUGGUGAGCCAGAUAGCGAAGCGAAGAAACUGUUGAGAGUGCGCCGCACGGAGGGUUAUGUGCAUGGGGAUGUUCUCCGUGAUGAAGCGUGGCCAACGGAUGUCGACAUGUGGAAAAUCAAGGACAAAGUCGAUGCGAAUGGCAGUUUGGUGCCACGCCUUUUCUUUUCCGACGAGUUUAUGCCUCCAGUGAGGGUUGAACGUGGGCAAGUUUAUGACUGGAAAAGCUGGUACGAGUGGCGCGGGCUGUCCAUGGCCUCCCCUGCGUCACUGCUUAUGGAUUAUCCCAUGACUGUGUACCAUCUCCUGACGGACAUCCUUCAUGUUGUUAAUGACGAUGCAACUGUCGAGAAGCGGCAAGCGUUGGAGGUGCACUACAUCGGCGCGGAAGUCGAAUUGAACUUUUUGCCUCUAUUCUCGGAACUAGCUCUCUUGCUUCCGCACGUAGACAUUACUUUGGUGUUCUUUGGGAAAGCAGUGUAUGAUCUCGUACGCUCGGCGCGUCAGAAAUAUCCUGGCUCUCUCGCCACACAGGAUAUCGUUUGGAGCUAUACUUCCCCGAAGAAAGCUGGUGGAGGGUCCGUCGUUAUCAAGCUAUACUCGCAGGGUGAAGGUUGGACACGGGAUGUGGCCAAGGAAUCACCGCCGGAUGCCUUAGUUGGCCUCAAUGCCGGCUUGUUGAAUUACACGACGUGGAGCGAUCCAGUGAUCUUCAGUGCCGUCCUCAAUAUCCCGUUCGCGAUUACCGACUACGCCGAACAAUCCAUGGAGACCUGCGCAACAGGUGUCCAGACAAUGCUGCAAGGCCAGGCUUCUCACGCCUUCAUGCCCGGGUCGCCGCACUAUGCAGCUCUGACUAGGACUCGGUCUCGUCCUAUCACCGUGAACCCCUUCCAUCGUCCGGGUCAGAGGCCCCUUCCCGUCGUGCGAAUGCCAAAUUAUUACAACGGCUUCGCGAUGCCUCUUGUGGUAAAGUCCUCAGAUUGA